CACCCACGGGUUGAUGAGUGAAUUGCGCGGCUGGCAGCUUAUAAGAGUAUCAUCCAAGUUUUGAGAUGGUUCGUGAGCACAUAUUGCUCCUGAGAUAUCUCUAAAUAUAUAAGAAGCGGUCUGUUUCGAGCGGUCUAAUGAAAAAUCACCUCUUGCUGACUCCAAAACUAGACCUAUUUACUUCCAACAUAACCAAGUUCUUUUUUAAAAGAUAAGGACCUCGAGGCUCGAAAUUGUUUCUCGCCUCCACCGAUUUCUGGGAUAUCGAUGACGAAGAAGAUGAGUUCGAAGGCUCUAAUCCUGAUAGUCGCUAUGGGCCUGGGCUCUGAUCAGACUCUGGCAUCCAGCUGCAAAGACCCCUCAUUAACAGCCCCAGCGUGUAAGACCGGCUCAGGCACGUUUAUCAAGCCUUCAACCGCGCCGAAUCAGAAGACGUUCACUUGCCAAAAAAGCACGGCGUUUUGCUGCAUCUCUGAUCCAUUGAAAGGACCAACAGAAAGAUGCGCGAAUGCGAACAAAUAGAUGGCAUGAAUCCCCUAGACUCCCUCCGCCCACAAUCACACAAAUCCAACAUAACAUUUAUUGUAUUUGAUGAGUGCAUCUUUAGAGCCUUAUAGAACAUCUAUCCGCAUCUCAUGAGAUAUGUGAGAUUACACCCCUAGUGUGUUCACAGUUGGAAUGCACAAGAUCACAACUUUCAAACCAAUAAAACUUGUUGUUUUUUUUUCUCUGAUGAAAUUAAGAGAUAAAAAGUAGCAUGGUAUUGCAAGUACAAAACCAU